UUGUUCCUUGGCUCUUGCUCUCUCUCUCUUUCUCUGUGUGUGUAAAUCUGCCUUUUCCCUGUAAGACCCAGGACACUGAGAGGCUCUUGCUCCCCUGGCUUUCCCCAAUAGACUCUUCAAAGUGGGGCAGGACUCGGGCCUCCAACCUCCAGGGACACCACACCAAGAAGAACUCUCCACCAUAAAAAGGAAAAAGGAUUUUUACGGCUCUAAUAUUUGUACUAUUCUGUCCAAAGGCUUAUCUACCUUUCCAUCAGGUUUUUAAUGGAAUAUCUGUCUUUUCUCUACGUGAUAUUUGGACUUUUCCAUUUUUGAUUUGGAUUUUGUUAUUUCUUUCUGCUAUUUCUUCUGUGGGAGUGCAGUUCUGGUGUCCGUCUGGUUCCUCCCAGACUUUCUGUCUGUUCAAUGGAGGCAGAACUCAUCAUGGCUCUUAAUUAGCCACGCUUGGCAGACAGUGAUGGCUGGUUAUUGUGCAAUAGUUUUGGGCUAGUGCCCCUCAGUGGGUAGAACCCAAACCGAGAGCUAAGUAUUUCAGCCUUCACACUGACAAAACACUCACCAAACACACAACAUCUCUCAGUGCCACCUGUUCUCUCUUCGUCUCUGAUAUUCAACAAUAAAACAAAGAUAAAAUGAAUGACCACACAAGCUUUCUCUGCCAGUCCCACCACCCUCGAUGGCAAACACAGUCUUCUGCUGGAAAGAGACGACGGAAACAAUCCUCAUCGCAAAAAUCUGAAACCCCAGCGAGCCCAGUGUCCUCGUCCCCAGUGCUACGCAGCCACAGCUGGUGGGGAAACUGCUUUCUCCUUCCUCUAGUCAUGCUUUCAUACUUUCCCUGUGAAGCCUGGGGCACCACCUUCAAAAUUGCCAUUGUAGGACCGUGGGCAUGUGACCCCAUGUACUCUAAAGCCCUGCCAGAUCUGGCUGCCCGAUUAGCCAUGAGCCGCAUCAACAAAGACCCCGAACUCAAUAAAGGCUACUGGUAUGAUUACACAGUCAUUAACGAGGAUUGCUCCAGCUCCAGAGGCCUGGCACGCUUUGCCGAGCUGGAGGGUUACGGUUCGGCUUUUCUAGGACCGGCAAACCCUGGCUACUGCACGGCUGCCACACUGCUGGCAAAGAACUGGAACAAAGGCAUCCUAUCCUGGGGUUGCCUGAAGGCUGAGAUGGAUGAAGAGAUGUAUCCCACCUUUCUGCGGCCGCUGCCGUUGUCCUCCCGGGUGCUUUUCUCUGUGCUGCGGUUCUUCCGUUGGGCACAUGUUGGGAUUGUAACUGCUGAGGGCGACAUGUGGGAGGCAACUGGGCAUGAGCUUGCAGCAUCCCUGCGUGCUCUUGGCUUGCCCGUUGGUAAGGUUGUUACGAUGGAACAGGACAAAGAGGGGCCACGGCAAGCCCUACAGGCAAUACGGGACACAGAUCGAGUAAGGGUUGUCAUCAUGUGCAUGCACUCUGCCCUGAUUGGUGGAGAGGAACAGUAUCAGUUGCUGACUACAGCAUUGGAAAUGAGAAUGAUUGACCGAGGGUACAUCUUCAUUCCAUACGACACCCUGCUCUAUUCACUGCCAUAUGAAAAUGUAAAAUAUCCAAUCCUGGCCAAUGACAGCAAACUGCGACGAGCAUACGAUGGGGUCUUAACAGUAACCAUGGACCAAGGGGAACAAAACUUUUAUGAGGCCUUUAAUGCAGCACAGGAAUCCUUUGAAAUCCGCGGCAGCACAUCAGCUGAAGAGGUAACACGAUGGGUUUCUCCAUUUUUUGGGACCAUAUAUAACAUGAUCUAUUAUACAGCCAUGGCUGCAGAGCAAAGCCGAGCUUCGAGUGGUGGGCGAUGGGUAUCGGGCGAUUUACUGUCUCAAAACGAGGGUGGAUUUGAAUUUGAUGGCUUUAACCAGCGGAUAUCGGGAGGUACUAACGGAGAGGGAAUGCAGGUCCGCUAUGCUGUCCUGGAUUCAGACGGCUCUGGGUCCAGCCUGUAUCGCACACACGCCCUGGAAGCUUCACACACAUAUGGAAAAUAUGGAGGGUUAAAAUACUUGGGGAAGUCAAUUCAUUUUGCUGGAGCGUCUCCGAGCAGUGACGCGAACUGCUGGUUUAGUCCUUAUAUCGCAUGUAGUGGAGGAUUGGAUGGAGUGACGCUUUUCUUCUUGCUCAUGUUUUUCAUAGUGUUGAUAGCGGGUGCAGGCAUCCUUUUUCUACAAGUUAGAAAAUAUGGGGCUGGAGGUUUUUUUGGUGCGUUUAUUGGAGGAGGAGGAAGCCCCACUAAGAUAGUGCUGACGCUGGAUGACUUGGUCUUCAUCAACACCACACUCAGCAGAAGGAAACUGAAUGACGAGAGUAUGCUGAAGAGUCAGCUAGAUGUUAAAACCCCGCGCCACUCAGUCUCUGGUCGCAGUUACAUCACAUCAACCCCAGAAACAUCCAAUGUUGCUGUAUUUGAGGGUGACUGGGUCUGGUUAAAGAAAUGCCCCUGUGCAGAUUCUAUUACAGAGAUCAGUGAAAGCACACAGACCAUCUUUGUCAAGCUGAGAGAUAUGCGUCAUGAGAAUCUGAACUUGUUCCUGGGUCUGUUUAUGGAUACUGGUAUAUUCGGCAUUGUUACAGAGCACUGCACCAGAGGCAGUCUGGAAGACCUGCUCAACAAUGAGGAAAUGAGGCUUGACUGGAUGUUCAAAUCCUCUCUUCUCCUCGACCUGAUUAGGGGAAUGAAGUACUUGCAUAAUCGGGGCAUUAUUCAUGGACGCCUGAAGUCUCGGAACUGUGUGGUGGAUGGUCGAUUUGUUUUGAAGGUUACAGAUUAUGGCUUCAAUGAAAUCCUCAACUGCCAAAACAUCAUCCUGGAGGACAACGCACCAGAGGAUCAGUUCUGGACAGCUCCGGAGAUCCUGAGGAAUCCUGAUCUGAAGAAGAAGGGAACAUAUCCAGGAGAUGUAUACAGCUUUUCUAUCAUCAUGCAGGAGGUGAUCUCUCGCUGCGCACCCUUCUGCAUGUUGGAUAUGCCUCCUGAAGAAAUCAUAGAAAAGGUGCGCUCUCCUCCACCACUGUGCCGACCCACUGUGUCUAUGGAUGAAGCUCCGCUAGAUGUGAUUCAGCUCAUGAAGCAGGCCUGGAGUGAGGAGCCUGAACAGAGGCCUACGUUUGAGGAUAUAUUCAGACAGUUUAAGAGCAUGAACAAAGGAAAGAAGACUAACAUAAUAGACUCAAUGUUGAGGAUGCUGGAGCAGUACUCCUCAAACCUGGAGGAUCUGAUCCGAGAGAGGACCGAAGAACUGGAGGUAGAGCGACAGAAAACUGAUGCUCUUCUAGCCCAGAUGCUGCCCAAGUCGGUGGCCUUGGCAUUAAAAACAGGGAAGCCAGUGAAGCCAGAGCAUUUCGCUGAAGUCACACUGUAUUUCAGUGAUAUCGUGGGUUUCACCACCAUCUCUGCCCUCAGUGAACCCAUCGAAGUGGUCGAUCUGCUUAAUGACCUCUACACACACUUUGAUGGAAUCAUCGCUAUCCACGAUGUCUAUAAGGUGGAGACUAUUGGUGAUGCGUACAUGGUGGCAUCAGGAGUUCCCAAUCGCAAUGGUACCCGCCACGCUGCAGAGAUGGCCAACAUGUCCCUGGACAUUCUCCACUGCAUCGGUACAUUUAAAAUGAGGCACAUGCCUGACGUCAAAGUCAAAAUUCGCAUUGGACUACAUUCUGGUCCAGUGGUCGCAGGUGUAGUUGGCUUAAAGAUGCCUCGAUACUGUCUGUUCGGGGACACAGUAAACACAGCCUCCCGAAUGGAAUCCACAGGGUUGCCUUACAGAAUUCAUGUCAACCAGAGUACAGUUGAUGUCCUAAACAGUCUCAAACUUGGCUACAAAAUAGAUACUCGGGGCAGGACCGAGCUCAAGGGUAAAGGUGUAGAAGAAACAUUUUGGUUGGUUGGGAGGGAUGGAUUUGACAAGCCGUUACCUAUACCGCCAGACCUUACUCCUGGGGCGAGCAACCAUGGUAUCAGCUUGGAUGAGAUCCCGACUGAUAGGCGACAGAAAUUCUUGGAUCGACAGAAGAGGAUGGGCAAUUGAGGUUGUGAUGCUCAUGUUUCUGCACCAGCCUAUCGAGUUAGGAGAAAGUGGGGCAAGGGGAUGAAAAGGGUGAAUUGAGGUGUUCAAAAACCCCUCGGCUACCCUUUUUCUACUUAAAUACAUUCCCGAAAAAGAAUGGAAAGCCCCACUAGGACAUCUGACAAGAACACAAACAUAUGAACUCUGAACGCCAGCCUGUCAAACCCACCGGCUCAACAAGACGCCAUGUACCAACUGCUAUGGAUGGAUACAGAGGACUCUUUGACAUUUGUAAAGAGUUUAUAAUGCAGGUUUAUUCCACUAAAUUAAAGACACUGCUGAGAUAAUCGCUCAUCGAGAGAGAGAAUGAGAACAGCAGCACACGGCUGAUUCAUCUCUGCAGUUCUACGAAGAUAUGUUUUCUAAAUUACUUUGUUGUUUAUAAAACAAAAGAAAAAAGGAAAAUUGACACGCUCGUUUCUAACGGCAGCAGAUCAAUUUAGUUCAUCAGAAAUAACGCCAAUGAUAUCCGUGUAUUGAAAUUAUUUAAAAUACCGUGUUGAUUUUGUUUGCUAGGAGUAUCAGGCUUUAAUAACUAGGUGUUAGUUCAGACAAGAGCUUCUUCACAUUCUUCACAUUUUCGUUUCGAACUGUUUGGCCUUCAUAGGAAAUGACAUGCAUUCAGAGCAGUUUUCAUGGCCAAGCAAACCCGGGGUCACAUGACAGACAAUUACUCGCUUUCAGGCGAGUAGCUCAACUCCAUUGUCCUCUUUGAGUUAAAGGUAAGAGAUACUUUAAAAAGGAAAAUCGUGAGCUGAAACUGAAAUGGUCAGGUUUAUAAUGGCACGCUGCAUUAUCCUGAUACUCGGCACAUUCCAUGCAUAAUAUCCUGAUGUCAAAGUCCUGAAAUAUAACCAAAGAGAAGCGCAUAUCAGCAAGUUCUCCAAAGAUUUUCUCUGUGCAAUUUUGCCUGCUCAUACAGUCUGUAAAUAUAUUCACCCCCAUAGAAAGGGGCAUUAUUUGACCAUUAUUUGGGGAUUUUUAAAACGUGUGGUUUGGAUAUCUUCAAUUCAGAUACGAGGUUGUGGCACCUGUGGAUGACGCUGUCACCUGAUACCUAAACCACAAUCUUGGGAGCUACUGUCUUGGCAGAAUGUAGCUAAUUUUCAAUUGUAAAACUCACCAUUUUAUCUUGUUGUCUGUGAUUGUGUAAAUAAAAGCUGAUUUUAGGGAG